AUCUUUCUUCCUCUUCCAUCAUCCAAUUUCACGUUCAUCAUUUGCAGGGUCCUCAACAGGGGUGUGUGGAAUGUCAGGGAUCUGCAAGAUGCCUAUCUUUUGUGAAUACAAUUUUCCAUCCAAAUAUUGAUGAAAUAGUCUGGCAUAUGGUCCAGUACUGUGCUCAUGACGGUCCAGUGGGUGGAGGAGGAGAAAGUGGCGGUGGGAUGAUCCAUUUCUGUCUGUGAGAUAUCCCGCCGGAGAUGUGUAUCAAAUGUUUAGAGGAAGCACUAUCCUGUUCUUUUCCGCGUCCACGAUUGAGUUAUGGGGCACCAUGGUAGCUCUUGCUAUAAACUACUUGCCUUUGACAUCUUCCAUCAGUUCCAUGUUGCUUCUCCAUUUUAUCCUUAGCAAUUGAGGUUUGUUUUUUACUAUGGAACAUUUUACCCUCAGAGUACUGCUGGAAGAUGUUGCUAAUCGCUUUUUGGACCCUGGAUUUCAUGCACCAAAAUGUGAUGGCCUGUUCGCAGCACACAAAUGACCGGACCAAGUAAAAGAGGCGGAGGCAGGGAGAUCUCAUUUCUUUUCUAGCAUAUGAGGGCCGUUUCUAAUCAUUUCGUCUUUUUCGUUUUUUUCAGGUAGUAGUCCCUCUGGGAUCUAUUUUUCCUUAAUUAUCGUAGCGUAAUCACACAUUAUACUUAAACUUGUGUCUGAUAUAUACAAGAAAAAAAUGAACAACGCUGCAAUUACACAAGAGUUUUACCAAUUGGGCCUAGAACUGGAAGAUGAGAUGCAAUUGCUUCAUGAAUUGGGACAACACCCCCGGGACAUCCAUGCCUAUUCAGAGUUUGGGGGAUUUGAAACUGCAGAAGCGCAGGUUGCCUUCUUCGAAUGUGCCAACCGGGUGACGAGGAUAAGGAAUAGGAUGCGCGAGCUUCAUCACCAAAUGGUGAUCAAUCGUCUUUAGACCCCUUUCUUUCCUUCUUUCAUCUUUUUUAAUUCGUCACCUUAAUUAGUUUGCUGGUUCAUAGUCUAAACCGAGGUUUAGACUAAAUUUACAUUCCACUUGAACGUGAUCCUGCGACAGUUUUGUUUAGCAUUCAAGUUCAAUACUAUUAUAGAAAGUGGGUUUUUGUUAAAUACAAAAAUCUUGUUCUGUUUGAACUUCUCCCCUGGCUUGAGUGGUAGCAAGCCCACUCCCCAGGAUUCAUGGGGAAGUUCACCCAGGUUCGAGCCCCAGCGAAGGCAACAG